AUGGGACUUGUUCUGAAACAACUCCCAGCUCUCAUUCUCGUCGAGACACUUAAUAGUCCAACUUGGGAUUACAACGUGGUGAGUAGCAUGAGGUCAAAGGAAUUGAUCAACGUUGAAACAUUCUGUAUCAUUAUGAGAAAGUACACCAGAGCUCAGAAAGUAGAGGAAGCUCUUUAUACCUUUAAUGUCAUGGAGAAGUAUGGUGUUGAACCCAAUCUAACAGCUUUUAAUGGGCUUCUGAGUGCUUUGUGCAAAUCCAAGAAUGUGAGAAAAGCUCAGGAGGUUUUUGAUGCUAUGAAGGCUCGGUUUGAACCAGAUUCGAAAACUUAUAGCAUUUUGAUAGAUGGGUGGGGGAAAGAACCCAAUUUGCCUAAAGCCAGAGAAGUUUUCAGAGACAUGGUUGAUAUUGGUAUAAUGGUUGAUGUUCUCUGUAAGGCUGGGAGAGUUGAUGAAGCUAUUGGAAUUGUGAGAACAAUGGAUUCCAAUGGUUGCAAACCGACUUCGUUUAUUUACAGUGUUUUGGUUCACACAUAUGGGGUGGAGAACAGGACUGAAGAUGCUGUGGAUGCCUUUAUGGAAAUGGAAAGCAGGGGUGUUGAAGCAGAUGUGGUUGUGUAUAAUGCUUUGAUUGGUGCUUUCAUUAAGGUGGACAGGUUCAAGAAUGCUUAUAGGGUGUUAAAUGACAUGGAUUCAAAAGGGAUAAUGCCUAAUUCAAGGACUUGUAAUGUGAUGUUAAAUGGCUUGAUUGGCAGAGGGAAGACAGAGGAGGCAUUUAAGGUGUUUCGGAGGAUGGUUAAGGUAUGCGAGGCGGAUUCAGACACCUACACGAUGAUGAUAAAGAUGUUUUGUGAGAAGGAUGAGGUUGAGAUGGCUCUGAAAGUGUGGAAAUACAUGAAGUUGAAGCGAUUUGUUCCGAGUAUGCAUACUUUUUCGGUUCUAAUAAAUGGGUUGUGUGAGAAGGGUGAUGCUACACAGGCCUGUGUUCUAAUGGAGGAGAUGAUAGAGAAGGGAAUUCGACCUUCAGGGGUAACUUUAGGGAGGUUGAGACAGUUGUUGAUAAAGGAGGGAAGAGAUGAUGUUCUCAAAUUUCUUCAGCAGAAGAUGAAUCUUAUGGUUAAAGAGCCUCUUUUGUUCAGUCAAAAGGUUUACCAAUUCUUCGAUGUCUUUGUCGAAUCCAACAACAUGGUUGUCUUCAACAUGAGAAUGAGCUUGCCUCAACUGUCUUCGCUCCUCGACAUAGCUUGAAGAAGCUU